UGCAGGCGUGCUAUUUUGCAGCAGCGGAGACACCUCUGCGAAAUGCCUUUUGUAUGCCCGGCUGGUGUUUUUUCCUUGUUUUUUUUUUUUUUUUUUUUUUUUGGUUUCGUGAGGGGUCCUACCACAGUGUUUUUGUAGCCAUGCUCUGCGCUGGGUCCGGCGGGGCUGUCCUAGCUGACUGAGCCGCUCCGGCAGCGGUGGGUCCGGGUGCAGUGCACAGCCGGGGGAUGAGGCCUACUUGUUAAAGCUCCCCCACCACCCCGCCGUCGCGAUGGCUGAUGAUCAACAACAACCUGGUCAGAAGCCUGCCUCGGGAUUAGGCUCUCUUCCAGCGCUGGUGCCAGGACUCCAAGGGCCCGAGGCCAACGCGUUGCAGUUCAAAAUAAAGAAUUCAAUUUGCAAAUCUGUACAAUCAAAAGUGGACAGCAUAUUGCAAGAUGUUGAGAAGUUUACAGACAUCGAAAAGCUCUACCUCUACCUUAAGUUGCCUUCUGGUCCCAGCAGUGGCAAUGAUAAAAGGACUGGGAAUGAGAGGGGGUCCUCUACUGCUGGAUUAUGUGAUCAGAGUUCCAUGUCGUCGAGCCGUACUCAACAGAUGUAUGCAUUCAACUGGAUACGCAAUCACCUAGAAGAGCACCCGGAGACGUCCCUCCCCAAGCAAGAGGUGUACGACGAAUACAAGAGCUAUUGUGACAAUCUUGGCUACAAUCCACUGAGUGCAGCAGACUUUGGGAAGAUCAUGAAGAAUGUCUUUCCCAACAUGAAGGCCCGUCGUCUGGGCAUGAGGGGAAAAUCCAAAUACUGCUACAGCGGGUUAAGAAAGAAAGCUUUUGUUCACAUGCCAUCCCUACCCAACCUGGAUCUGCAGAAAUCUGGUGACGGGUGUGAGCUGAUGGAGUCAACAGGUCAGUCUCCCAGCGCCGAGGAUGAGAUGAGAUCCGCGGCCUGUGGGCUGGUGUGUGAGUGGGCUCAGAAGGUGCUGAGCCGUCAGUUUGACAGCGUGGAGGACCUGGCUCGCUUCCUGCUCAACAGUCACUACAUUGGUACAAAGUCCAUGGCUGCUCUCACUGUUAUGACUGGAACACCCACAGGAAUGAAGACCCCAACUCCAGCCUCUGCAUUUGUUCCCACUGCUGAGGCAAACUCUUUCCAGCCCCAAGUGAAGACCCUGGCAUCGCCCUCUGUUGACGCAAAGCAGCAACUGCAGCGCAAAAUCCAGAAGAAGCAGCAAGAGCAGAAGCUUCACUCACCACUGCCCAGUGAGACGCAGGUGAAGCGGACAGAGGCCAGUACGCCCGGACCCACCAUCCCCUGUGGCAGUCCUGCUCUGCUGUCCCCUCAGCCAACCAUAGGAAUCGUAGUAGCAGCCGUCCCCAGCCCAGUCCCGGUACAGAGAAACAGGCAGUUGAUGACCUCACCGAGCCCUGUGGGGACAGCGGAAGGAAAAGUGUUGCCUGUAAACUUCCAGGUUGUCACUCAGUCUCUCAAACAGUCUCCCAAGACACCCCAGAAUGUCCCAGCAAGUCCCGUGGGAGACAGACUGGCACGACAUGGCACGCGGUAUGCCCAAAUCCUUCCCAAGCCCUCUGCCACGAGUGCCAUAACCCUGCGCUCCCCACCCACGCUGCUCAUCACCAACAGCCCCAUAAAGACCGUGAUGCCCUCUCCCCACGUCAGCUCUGUCAACGUGGUGAAGAUGACGGCUAUUGCUCUGGCCCCCAGCAGCAGCAGUAACAGCAGUGUGCGACCAGCCUCUGCUGGUGUGAGCGUCGCAGCUGCUUUGGACGAUUCCCAGCUGUCCCAGAGUGGGAAUUCGGCAGCUCCCCAGUCUCCUGCAGUCAAACCUGCUGUAACAUUGACCCCAACCCUCUCUGCGGACGCCAAAGGGUUGUCGGACGCUGGAAGUGACAAUAAUUCCUUGUCUGGGACAGAGAAACAUGUAGGAGGAGCCAAAGAGGAGAAAAUGGUAAAAUUCAGAGCUGCAAGUGAGCCAAGCUUUUUGGUUAAAUGUUCCCCAGGACCAGAGAAAGGGUUGCGGACAAAGAGUGACUCCGCCUCCCCUCCCAGCUCUGCAUCUGGGACUCAGGACAGCAAUAACAGUAACUGCCAUGACAGUACUUUGUACUUGACUGUUGAUAAUCAGAACUUCAAUGGCAACACGCCGUCCAACGGCUCGUCCGCUGUUACUCUCACAUCUAAGGAUGCCUGCCUAGAUGCCAAGAGCCCCAGGAAGCGUGCAGCUGGGGAAUCCCACGUUAUUCCUGUCAAGAGGGUGUUUAUCUCCCAGCAACCGGUUGCUGUCAUUGACAAUCCCAAACCUGGGUUGAACACUGCAAUGAAGAGAAUUCCCAGACCAGGAACCCCUGCGAGACCAGAGAGUGCCCCCUGCAAAGGGAUUGCCAAACACACGGCGUUGGGGCCCACACAGAUCCUUGCACUUACAGACGCACCUCUCACGCACACCGAGGGAACGCAGACUGCCGCAAAACAGCAAGAUUCAAAACACGAGGACCAUUCCAUCGCUGUGGAUCCCUCUGCUGGACCAGCAGGAAGCAACGCGUCCGACCACACGCUACUGCAGCAGAUCACCGGAGACCCUCGUGCCGUUACGGCCAACUCAGGACCACACGAAGCCUCUGUGAGCGAUUUAAAGAGCACAAUAUGGGAGCCUCAGCAGAUACCAGCAGAACACAAACAGGCUCCCACUGACCAGCUCUCCAUGAUGGCUCAACCGUCCGAUGCCUCGGGCCAGCUCACCCUCACGCAGAUGGUCGACUUUGCCAGUUCUCAGCCGAACAUGGACUACUUCUCGUUCAACGAUGACGACAUGACGCAGGAUAGCAUUGUGGAAGAGCUGGUCCAGAUGGAGGAGCAGAUGAAACUGAAGGGCCUCUUUGGGAACUGUGUUGACGUGUCCGGGUUGCAAGGUCAGUCGGCCGGCGGUCAGGGCUCUAUCCUCGCCGCCCAUCAAACCAGUUCGACCUUCUACCACUCGACUCACAGCAGCACCACCCCGGUUCAGACCCCCCCGACUCCGACACCCACCCCGACGCCAACUCCCACUUCUGAGAUGACGCUCGCGCACAGCCUGACCCGAGAGAGCCCCUGCUCCCGAAUGGCUCCCGUCACCCCAAUAGAUGGAGCAAUGGGCCGGCACACCCCAAUUAGCACGCCGCUGUCCAACUGCAGCAGCAGCGUGCCGCCGAGCCCCGUGGAGUGCAGGAACCCUUUUGCUUUCACUCCCAUAAAUUCGAGCAUCACGGGAUAUCAUGAUGCGAGCAUCGUCUCCAGCAGCCCUGUCAAACCCAUGCAAAGGCCCAUGGCGACGCACCCUGACAAGGCCAAGCUGGAGUGGAUCAACAACCGUUACAACAGUAACUCUGCCGGACCUCUGUCUAACCACAGCAUCGGCAUUCUGCCAAGCUACCAAGACCUGGUGGACGAUCAGUUUCGCAAACCUCACGCAUUUGCAAUUCCUGGCCAGUCGUUCCAGUCUCAGGCGAGCCAGGACAGCGCUCACUUUGGACGCAUUACUCCAAUUUCUCCAGUGCAGCAGCAGCAGGCAAGUGGUGUAACGACUCCCACCAAGCAGGAGAGUUUUGCCGUACCUGCACCGCUAGAUAACAAGGCUUCCGCCUCAACUGCGUCCAACACUUUCCGUUGCCGCAGCGUUAGUCCCGCUGUGCGGCAGAGGAACUUCAGCGGUAAUACCAACCCUCCAGCCACCACCACGAGCACCACAACAACGACUCAAGCCGUGGUCUCGCCCUUUAACUCCCCCAUAACCUCAGAGGUGCUCAGCAUCCUGUCCAACAGCCAGACUGUCAGCUCUGUGCACAGCAUGGUGCAGCGCAGCCAGUCCGUACCUCUGAACAUCAUGAUGCAGAGCGAGAUGCUGCCUGUGCAGGGUCAGAGUAACACCGCCAAGAUCACCAGCGUCCUCCUCAGCAAGAUGGAAGCAGACGGAGACGACUCCGUCCGUGGUCUGGGCAUCAACAACCUCCCCUCUAAUUACACGGCCCGCAUGAACCUCACCCAGAUUCUAGAGACGGCUCCGAGCUUCUCGGGAGGAACCGCAUCCCAGAAUCAACUGCCCGUCAACUCCAGCCCUGCUGCCUUCGAGCUCCAGCAGCAUGGCUACCUCACAGCUGGGGACACUCAAGCACAAGCAGGUCCCAGUGAGCAAGACCAGCACCAGCAGCAGCAGCAGCUCCGAGAAGAUCCCGCGCAGACACAACCGCAGCUUCUCCUCCAGAGCACACAGCAGCAGCAGCAGCAGGAGGCGGAGGAUGAACAGCAGCAACUCGAUUUCAACAACACUGUCAAGGACUUGCUGGGCGAGGACGGACUCAAUCCCAGCUCCCAACUGGUGGGUCAGGUCGCCUCAGAGCUCAACGCAGUGGCGUCCGACUUCUCCAAUGACAUCAGACUGACCUCAGAUCUGUCCAGUAGCAUCACUGACCUUAACACGUUGGACGCCAACUUGCUGUUUGACCCCAAUCAGCAGCAGGAGCAGUACGAAGACUCGACACUGGAAGAACUAAAGAACGACCCACUUUUCCAGCAGAUAUGCAGUGAUACUGUGAAUUCUGGUUUUGAGUGGCUAGAGAGCAAAGACCAGCCUACUACCGUGGAGAUGCUGGGUUAACGUUCUCUUCUACUCUGUAUGAUUUAUGUUCUCUGUUUGUUCAGUUUGGUGCACAUGUAAUAUAUCUGUUUUUAACCCAUAGUUUGUCGGAGUUUGUCUGGACUUUGGCCGUUUGUUCUGUUCAAAGUGCCAUGCUUACCAGAGCAAUCUCCCGCCACCUUUCUUCCCUCACUCAUCAUUUGUCAACAAUAUUUCAGUAUUUUGCUCACUUUUCUCCCUCAUCUGAGUCUAAAAUGUUAGCAUUUCAAGAGAAGGGUGCGAACACUCUGUGGCAGCAUGCACCAACUAACAAAGAGCAGAUAUGUGCGUUUUGAAGGGUAAUCUUUAUUAAUGCAAUAUUUAUACUUUACGAACAACAAAGGAAUAGGAAAUGCUUUGCAAAUCUGGCACACGAGACUUCACCGAAAAAGAAAAACAUAUUCUCCUUUUAACGUGUGCAGUUCAAGUUCAACCAAAUGGAGACAAUAUUGGUUAUCGUGGUAUAUGCACACAAAAGUUGUUGUACGUUUGCCUGCCAUAUCAAAAAAAUAUAAAAAGGACAGCAUCUUAAGCUGCCAGGUGCUGAAUUUCUGACAUAAUCUUUAUACUUUUAUCAUAAACCAACAUCAGUGAAAAACUGAUUCAUGUGUGAAACCUCUCAAAGCCUAUACUUCAUGUACUGUUUAUUAUCUUCAAAAAAAGGGAGUUUGUGGGUUAUUAGGGAGAAGAUGGAGAUGCAGGCCACUUUGUGGAGUAUUUAUUGAAAAAAUUCAACAACUUGGCUGCCUUAUUCCCAAAGUUUAAGGCCUUACGCCAUUGUUAGAUGAACUGUAUAUAGUAUAAUGUUAAGAUAUCCAGAGCUUCAUCCUUUCAUGGCAGCUGUUACUCUCAUGUUUUAAGUUCCUUUCUCUGUUCUUGCUUUGCAUUGUUACAAGAUAGACGGGUGCUGCUCAUUUCCAUUUUUCAUAAGUCUUUUUUUAGAUGUUUCUUGGGAAUGAAAUGGAGCUGUUGGUGGCAUUUUGUACCAGCCAUGGUACCAAUUUGUACCUGGUAGGAGGGCAUUUCAUACCCAAUUUGACAACUGAAGAGUUGAAGUGAUUUUCCAUGAUCUCCUUAUAGUUUGUAUUUGGUUAUGUAACAGCGAAAAAUACUAUUGCUUAAGCUGCGUUUCAGUAUGCCACCCUGAACCUUUUCCUACCUGGAACCUUUUAUAUUACCCUGGCCGUAUGUGGGGUGCAAUGGGUGUUGUAAGGUGCAAAACCGUGUUGUUUAUCUAAAUGACGUCCAGAAUGGCUGAAAUGUAACAAUUUAAAAGCUCCUUUUGACUUCAGGAACAUUUUUGAGGAGUCAGUGUUGUUUUCUGGGCCCAUUUUAAAGCUAUUUCAAAACGAUCCAUCUUGCCACGGGACUAUUUUAGUGUUUUAGCCCUUUUAAGCUAUAAUGCAAAAAUAAAGACAGCUACAAACCUUCUGGAAGAUUAACACAUUUCAAUUUAAGUAAUGAGGCGUUGCUAAAGGCCAUCUACAACAUGUUUCUCAGGCUUAAAUUAUUAAGUUUCUAUGAAAUUUAAAAUUUUAUAUUUAAAGUGAUUUUAAUAUAGCUUUAGUUUCAACACUUGCAAAAAUUACUGAAAAUCAGCAGAAAUAAAAGUUCCUGUUGCUAUUAUUUUUGCAACAGGAGCGCCUGUUUCACAUUCAGCUUCUGAAUAAGAUCUUGGUCAACAGUGGGACAUU